AAUGUGCCAGCGGGAGGAAGGUGCACAGCGUCCAACCUCGAGGCAGUCUGAGUUCCAGCGUGGUGGGUGCCGCUGCUUUAUGUAGGGCAAAAGAUGCCAGUGAUCAAUAUUGAGGACCUGACAGAAAAGGACAAAUUGAAGAUGGAAGUUGACCAGCUCAAGAAAGAAGUGACACUGGAAAGAAUGCUGGUGUCCAAAUGUUGUGAAGAAGUAAGGGAUUAUGUUGAAGAAAGAUCUGGGGAGGAUCCAUUAGUAAAGGGUAUCCCAGAGGACAAAAACCCCUUCAAGGAGCUCAAAGGAGGCUGUGUGAUUUCAUAAAAAAAAUUUUUUUAAUUCCAUGGAAUACCUUGAGCUUUAAUGACAUACUGUUUUGUCAUAUGUAAUAAUACUAUUAAGCAUGUACAUGAAUUUUAAAAUUAUAAAUAUGAGCAUUUAAUAAAAU